CUUCGAAGUUGAAUCACUCAACAGGACUCCCAACUGCUUUUGCAGACUUCAACUUCAAGUUCGAAUGCAAUUGGAGAUUCCUGAAGAGAGAGCUCCCUGGAGCGAGCGCCCAUGAACAAGGUCCUGUCGACAAGUCGGGGACAGGCUCUCCUGGGUCCACAGGAGAUCAAUUCUGCAGAGGCACGAAGCUCAUACAGAGGGCCGGGCACGAGCAAGAAAGGGGUGCUUCCGUCCAAGUCGCUGCUUCUUGUUCCGAAUAUCGAGGGAAGCAGUUAUCCAAGUUUGGAGGAUCUUCUAGGAGAGGUCGUCGGGCCAAGGGUUGACUUGCAAAAAGGAGCUCAAGCAUUACCUCCUAAAGCAGCAGAGGGAAUUGUCACCCCUGAGUGUGGGGGAGUUGGGGGCAGAGCAGAGCCAUCUGACAUCAUACAAGAGCUCAACCCGGCACUUGCUCAAGAGUCUGCUGAUAAUUGUAAGAGGUCUGCAGAGGAAAGGUCGACUGCACUUGCAGCAUCGAGACCAAGUCCUACCGAGCAGUUUCUGCAGUUUGUUGAGAGCAGUCUAGACCUCGUGGAGGCCGUUGCAGCCAGGAUGAAGACCGACCUCAGGAUCUCGGCGGUGUCGACCUGGGAUUUUGCAGUCCAAUGUCUGCACGUGUUUGUGUUCAUAGUCCUCCGGUACAUGCUCAGAGCAAUGAAGAUUCUGUACAUAGGGCACUUGCUUUGCCUGGUAGGUUUGGGUUCAACGUAUGCGGCUGUGGUUGCGGAAAUUGAGGGGAAGAUCGGGACAGUCAGCAGCGGGUUUGGUGAUGCCGAGAAGGAGGAAAGUGAGGGGGUAAACAGGAAGGCUGACGGGCAGGCAAAGAAGGGGCUGUUGCCUCCGCAGGCACCUGAGCAUAAAGACAAGAUGACGGUUGUCCUGGAUCUGGACGAGACGCUGGUCUGUGCGUACAACUCUGCGGGGCUCCCCUCAAGCAUACACCAGCACGCGGCCCAGAACGGAGUCCGCUGGUUUCAGCUCCAAUGUACAGCGAACGAGAUGGACGAGAACGGCAAGCCCAAGGUGAAUCUGGUGACGGUAUACGAGCGCCCCGGGCUGGCAGAGUUCCUGCGACGGGCGAGCGUGAUUGGGGAACUGGUGCUUUUCACGGCGGGGCUGGAGGGCUACGCGAGGCCUCUGGUGGACAAGAUCGACCCUGAGGGGAUGAUCUCUGCGCGCCUCUACCGGCCCGCCACUGUCAGCACUAAGUAUCGAGAGCACGUAAAAGAUCUUUCGGCCCUGGGGCGGGACCUGCGGAAGACGGUGCUUGUCGACAACAACCCCUUCUCCUUCAUCCUGCAACCUGUCAACGGCAUUCCUUGCGUUCCCUUCACUGGGGAGCAGCCAGAGGAUAGACAGCUUUUGGAAGUGUUGUUGCCGCUCCUGGAGUCGCUGUCCAAGCAGCCCGACAUUCGGCCUGUGCUGUUGGACCGCUACCGAAUGCCCGCCUGGUUCAAAAUGCGCGGAUUCUCGCCACCAGAGAACAACUUCGGAGAGCCGGAAAUAGUGGGGAGACAAGCUGGAUAGCUUCAGAGGUUAUGUGGUCGCUUGGCUCCUUGACGGGUUGGCUCGCCGUCUCGGAAUGAGAAACGGAUCGCGGAGGAAACGCGUAAGAAAAGCUGCUAGAGCCCAGUGUUGUCAGACGCGGGGACAAGGGGGUUCGUACAGGACUCUUUGUUUGCUCGUCUGAGGUCCAUAAAGGUCUGUCCAUAAUUGCAAUAGCUGUGUCCAUGUUAGAUUUGAUAACCCCAUAGAUAGCAAGUUCUUGGUCAAAGUUUCGGUCUACGUGCAACUUUUGCUGCGAGCCCAACUUAACGCAUUGUGUAAAGUUACAUAGGUAUGGUUGUACAGAGUCAGUCAUAUACUUUAGUCAAUCAAAGAUCUACAACUUCCAACUGCAUCUUCGAUUGUAUGAGUGGCACAGACCCUCUUUUUAGAACUUUUUGGUAUCAUCGAGGCCUACUGGUUGAUCAGGGCCCACCCACUCCUAUGGAGCCGCUGAGCAGCUCUCUUAAGUGCUUCCAGGAAUCGACUGCAUCAAAGUUCACCUUUCAACUUUGAAG